ACUUUGACCCUUCCCUGCUCAAUAGUGGCGCAUUGCGCGCCGUGUGUAUUUAGAUAAAAUAAUAAACUAAUGCAAUUUGUGAAUAUAUAAAAAAGAAAAAGAUUUAGGAGAGGAUUGGUAAAUUAAAAAAAAAAAAUCAUAAUCUCGAUCUUUUCUCUCCUAAACUCCAAUCCUAAUUCGUGCGCAGACGGGACAUAAUAGCACGACAAAACCAAGAAGAAGAGAAAGAGAAAGAAACUGAAACAGACCGUCUCCUUACGUUGUUGUUGUUUUUUAUUUUUGGGUUGCAGCUUUUUAUUUAUUCUGGUAUUUUUACAAAAACAUUAUCAUCAUCUUCGACGACGCAUACGAGGAAGAGGAAAAAAAACCCUUUUUGAUUUCUUUCAUUUAGUCUUUACUUUCUCCCAAGCAAGAGAAAAAACCAAAAAACCGGAGCUUUUUUACCUUAUGCAGAGAGCUUUUUUUUCUUCAUAUGGCGGCCGCUUAAAACCCUUUCUGUUUUCUUUCUGUCUGUGCUAGUUUUUGGUUUUCCCUUUUUCUGAAGUUAUCGUUUCGUUAAGUUAAUCGGCGAAAAAUCGUUUUGGUGCGGCUCUAAAUCGGUUUUUUUUUUUUUGAGCAGUUGAGAAGCUUUAAGGAUGUCUAAGAGUGAAGAUUCUGGUAGCCCUGGAUGGAGUGCAUCCUUGUUCAUGCAGACGACAGAGGAUGUUGCAAGAGCAGUUGUAGCUGCCGCAGCAGCUGCAACUGCUGUUCGUUCUCCUCGACCAUCUGCUGUAUAUUCAUCUAAAGAUGAAAAUGGCGGUAGCCAAUUUCAGAAGCUACAGCGUCAUGUUUCAAGAGUGUUAAAAGGCUUCUCGCAUCCCCCUGAAGUGAGAAGUGGAACUUACAAUCCCGAAGUUCUGACUAGCCAAAAGCGUCAAUGGGCAAGCUUUCAGUUGCAAUACUUGGAUCAUAGAUCUUUGAAAGAACCAUCAAGAUUGUUCGAGAGCAUGGUUGUUGUUGGACUUCCUCCUAAUUGUGAUAUUCAGGCACUUCAAAGGCAAUAUGCUACCAGAAAGUUUGAAGGUUCUGGGAAGUUUCGAAGUGCUCUAAGUUGUCAGAACAAUUCUCGUGUUGAACCUAACCUUGAACCCCAGGUCUUAUUUGUUUAUCCUCCAGAAAAGCAGCUGCCACUUAAAUACAAGGAUCUUCUUUCAUUUUGCUUCCCUGGAGGUGUAGAGGUUCAUGCCGUUGAGAGAACUCCUUCAAUGAGUGAGCUGAAUGAAAUUCUUCUUUCACAGGAACACCUAAAGCAAAGUGACCUGUCAUUUGUAUUCCGGUUACAGGUUGCUGAUAAUUCCACUUUGUAUGGGUGCUGUGUGUUAGUUGAAGAAAUAGUACAAAAGCCCUCUGGAUUGCUUUCCUUGAUUUCAGAUAGACAACCUGCCGCCCCGUCUCUAAGCCGUUAUGUGAUGACCACUCGCAGAUGUUAUUGCAUUCUUUCGAGGCUUCCAUUCUUUGAGUUGCACUUUGGUUUGCUGAAUAGCUUAUUUGAUGAAGAAAGGUUGGAGCGGUUAACAAUAAGUAUUGGUGAUAUGGAUUUAGAGUUGUCAGAGAGUUAUAGCAAUGAAGCAAAUCUAGAUGAUAUGUCAACAGAUCAAGGAGCUCUAGAGGACAUGCAGAACACAAUGACCAAAACCUCUGAGAUAAGUUCAGGAGAUUCUAACCCUAGAGUUACUGAUGAUGGGAAUAACUUGGAGCAUCAAAUACUUGAGAGGGACUUUGACUCGAACAAAGCCGUUAAUCAUGAUACUGUUGUUCCAAUUGAUCUGGAAACUGAGAUGUUUACAAGAAAAAAAGAAUCUAGUGUUGCAAAUCCUGAAGAUUGUGUUACUGAUUUAGAUGAUUUCACGACAAAUAAGCAAGCGGCAGAAAGACAUUUGCCAAAUGCUGUUUUGCCACUUUUGCGCUAUUAUCAGUAUGAAAGCUCUGAAUCUUCUUGCAGUUUUCAAGGUUCUCCUUGCGAAGAAAGGAAUUUGAGGAGUGAUGUUGAUGAUACAGAAACAGAAGAGGCAUCUAUUUCUGGCCAGGAAGAUUCCAGUGAUCACCUUGAUAUUCUUGAAUGGGCUAAGGCAAACAAUCAUGGAUCAUUGCAGAUACUAUGUGAAUAUUAUCGGUUACCUUGCCCCACAAGGGGUUCAAAACUUACGUUUCAUCCUUUGGAGCACCUUCAUCCGCUGGAAUAUCAUAGACCUGAUGAAAAAGUUUUGCAUAUUGCUGGCUCAACCAUUGAUUUGAGAUCUUGCAGUACAAGACUUGAAUUUGCUGAGGCACACACUGCCCUUUUGGCCGAAGAGGAAGCAACCACUCUAUCAACGUGGGCUGUUGCAUGCAUGUGUGGAUCUCUGCGGCUUGAACACGUGUUAACAAUCUUUGCUGGCGCAUUGCUGGAGAAGCAGAUUGUGGUUGUUUGUUCGAAUUUGGGAAUCUUAUCUGCUACAGUUUUGUCAAUUGUCCCUCUGAUCCGUCCAUACCAAUGGCAAAGCCUCUUGAUGCCGGUUUUGCCAGAUGAUAUGCUGGACUUUUUAGAUGCACCUGUUCCUUACAUAGUUGGUGUAAAGAACAAAACCAGUGAAGUGCAGUCAAAAUUAGCCAAUGUUAUUCUUGUUGAUGCUAAUAAGAACCAGAUAAAGGCAUCAACGAUACCACAACUGCCACGGCAUAGGGAGCUGUUUUCAUGUUUAAGUCCUUAUCAUGCAAAGCUUGUCGGGGAAAGUUAUUUGGGGAGGAAAAGACCAGUACAUGAGUGCACAGAUGUGCAGAUUGAAGCUGCCAAAGGUUUUCUAUCAGUGUUAAGGUCAUACUUGGAUUCUCUUUGCUCUAACAUGCGUUCACACACAAUAACAAAUGUACAGUCCAACAAUGAUAAGGUAUCAUUGCUUUUAAAGGAGAGCUUCAUUGAUUCAUUCCUUAGUCGUGAUCGACCAUUUAUGAAGCUGUUUGUGGACACACAACUCUUCUCUGUACAUACGGAUCUUGUUCUCUCAUUUAUACAGAAGGAAUAGACCACAAUCAUCCAAAGAUGGCCUGGUUUUUGUAGUGUUGUAACUUGAACGUAAGUUCUGCAAUGUACAAUGUCAAAUUAUAGUCAAUAUCAGCAAAAAAUGUUAUAGGUUUGUAAAAAUAUAUGUAUUUAUUUUUGCCUCGUCCCAAUUCUCCCAUUUCUCUUGCUAUUUUUUACUUGGCACCCUGAAAAUUGAUAAAUAACAAUAAUUAUAAUUAAAUGAAUGGGAUUUUGAUCAGGUUGUAGCAGGGUGUUUGAA